AUGGUAGCAGUAGGAGAUAAGGAUGAUAAAAUAUCAUUUAUAGAUAAUAAGAAAAAUCCAUCUACACUACCUUCCAUUGUUAAUCAUUAUUUUGAAGAUAAUGAUUCAAGAGAUGAAUCAAAUGUAGAAAAUGGGAGCACAGUAUAUAAAAUAAAAACAAAAGCAGCUACAAAUUCGGUUGCAUGGCAUCCAAAAGGAUAUUUAUUAGCAUUUGCAGGUGAUGAAGAGUCAUCUAUUGAUAGAACUUAUGUUGGACUUAAAAUAUUUGGGUUUAAUGAUUUGAAUAGUUGA